UUCUAUUUCCUGAUAUAAUUUUACACUGAAUUACUUGAGUACUUGAGCAUUCUAGGCUCAGCCAUGGCGCUGAUCGUCUGGUUGUUUGCUCUGAUGCGUGUUGUGUCGUCUGCAACAUCGUCUUGUGAUACCCCAGUGAUGAUCAGUGAAAAUUCCACAAAAUACCCCUUUAGUAAGGAAUCACUUAUAUUAUAUUGCAACGCUUCUUCUUAUGAUCAAAUAAACUGGUACCACAUACCUGUUGGAACAACGGACCUUAAUCCUUACCAGUUGAGUUGGUGUACACCAGACACAUGCAGGCUACGUGGAAACUCCACGAUACUCGUUAUGGGAGAAAUCAGCAUGGAGCUGAAAGACAGCAAAAUCAUCUGUGUAGCAUCAUGCUCUGCGACCGGGAAAAAUGCUACAGCCUAUACCACAGUUUCGGUUAUAAAAUGUGUUCCUCUUAAGCCAAUCCUCAAACCAGUACAAAAUGUUACCACCAGCCUCGGAGAAACGGCAAAUCUCACGUGUAAGGCAAAGAUGGGGACCUGUUAUGACCUGACUUUUCCAAAUUUUAUAUGGGCGCGAAAUGGAACGAAGAUUUCAAAACUGAACACUACCAAAAGAUACUCCACUUAUGUGGAAUUAGAUGUUACCGGUGAACUAGUGACAACGCUAACUAUACGUGACGUCAAAGAAGAAGAUCUGCAAUCAUUUGACUGUACCUUGGUCGAUAACCAUUUUAGGGACGGCCAUGAUCGGAUGACAGUCAUUCUCUCCCUAUCAGAGUCCAGAUGCCAUGUAUUUUAUAACAAUAGCUAUAUUGCUGCUGUUGUCAUAGUUCCUAUCGUUGUAUUUGGUAUCCUCUGCUAUUGCUGUUGCCGCUGGCGCAUUCAAUACUUUUUGAAGAAGAAAAGCCUAAAAGAAAGAGGAGUCAACAAAGAGUGGGACGCCCUACUUUGGCAUGAUAAUGAACACUCCAAAGAUGCCAGUAAUCUGCUAGCGGCACUGGAGGGCAUGCGCUACCGGGUUUGCACUAAGGAAGACAGAACUUGUGGCCCUAAACUAGAUUGUUUGGAGGCACAGAUCGAUUCAAGCGCAUGCGUAAUUAUUCUUAGAAAGGAUGACGGAAAGAUGAUGACGAUUCUGGAUAAAGCUCAAGAAAAUCAGUCAGUUAUCCUAAUUCAGACCAAGUCACAGAGUUUUAAGGAAAAGGUAAACCAUUUAAAGUGUAAGUUUCUGUGUCAUACAAGAAGAAACAACCUUUCACAGAGUAAAGGGGAGCUGAAUAAAUCCAUGGCCGGCUUCCUGAAACUCUACUGGCCGUCACACGACGCAAAUGUUAAUUGCUGUGCAACACUCCGCCGAGCCGAGUUUUAUUACAGGUUAAGAUUGAAACUGCCGAAAUCAGGCGCUAACGUCGAGUUGGGAAACAUACAAAUGCAGUGAUAAAAUGCAUUCCAGUAUAGUUUAAGUGAUCAUUAUUCCCAAGGGUGAGUGUUACUUGGAAGAUGUACUGUGCAUGUAAUAACCUUUAAGUUUGCAUUUUACACCUGAGAUUUGAUUAUUUUUAUCCUUAAAUUGCUCCGAUCGGCGUAUCAGUUUUGUGCAAUUGUCCAUUAAGAAGUAGGACUGAGAUAUAAAGUUUCUCGGAUUUAUCUUCCCUCCAAUAUUUUUCCGGUGCUUGUGUGUUGCCAAUUAUAUACUAAUAUAGUGCCUAUACCACUGCAUAUUACAAUACAGAUGGACGGAGAAUCAGUGUGCCUUGAACAUGUGUAUGGAUCUGGUUUACCAAUGGCUUGAUGUCUGUAGAAUGCAUAUGAUCAUUUCUACAAGAUUCUUUGAUAUAGUGAAAAUAGUUAAAACUGAGAAUGGAAGGUCAUGCUUGACAAUGCCUUGGGUUCUUGGAAGGACGUUUGUUAAUCAUACAUGCAUGAAAAGGCAUGACGAUAUAAAUAUUCUGAGACUAUAAAAUACAAAUCUGUUAGCAUAAUUUGAAAAAUAAACCAACACCUUUUUCAUUUUAUUGUAUCUCAUUUAGUCAUAAUAAUGCAUUCCUAAUUACAUGUUUAUAUGUAUAAAAUAUUAUAUAUGUUAACAUAGA